AUGGAUAUGGGUAACCAACACCCAUCCAUAAAACGGUUGCAUGAAAUACAGAAAGAAGUCAAAGAGAUUGAACAGCAAGUGGUUGUCUUCAGUGGUCUGUCUACUGAUCGAGAUUACAAGAAAUUAGAAAGAAGUCUUACUAAACAGCUUUUUGAAAUAGAUUCUGUAGACACCGAAGGAAAGGGGGAUAUUCAGCAAGCCAGAAAACGAGCUGCUCAGGAAACGGAGAGGCUGCUUAAGGAACUGGAACAAACUGCAAACCAUCCACGCAGGCUGGAAAUAGAGGCCAUAUUCAAAGAGGCACAGUCACUUGUGGAACGUGAGAUUACACCUUUUUACAAAGGAGGUAACUGUAUAAGUGAUGAAUUUGAAGAAGGUAUUCAGGACAUUGUAUUGAGGCUUACCCAGGUGAAAACUGGAGGGAAAGUUUCUUUACGCAAAGCAAGAUACCGCACUCUGACAAAAGUGUGUGCUGUUCAGGAGAUUAUAGAAAGCUGUGUAAAGCAACAGCUGUCCCUGCCACUCUCUAAUGAUGCGCAUCCUUCUGUCUCCAAAAUUAACUCUGUGAUGUGCGAUGUGAACAAAGCAAGAGGAACUCUCAUUGCGCUUCUAAUGGGAGUGAGCAGUAAUGAUACCUGCAGGCAUCUCUCCUGUGUGCUCACAGGUCUCAUUGCUGAUUUGGAUGCUUUAGAUGUCUGUGGUCGCACGGAAAUAAGAAAUUACAGAAAGGAAGUCGUGGAAGAGAUCAAUAAGUUGCAGAAAUAUCUGGACUUGGAAGAAGAAGCAAAUUCUACUCACGCUUAUGAUUUGGCACAAAAUCAGUCCAUUCUAAAAAUAGAAGAGAUCCGCAAGAAAAUGAAGGAAGUCAAUGCUUUACUUUUAAAAACAGAGAAUGCUUCUGAUUUGUAUUUGGGAUCCAAAGCAGAACUGCAGGGAUUAAUCGCCCAGUUAGAUGAGGUGAGUCCAGGAAAAAACCCCUGUAUUAGAGAAGCCCGGAGAAGAGCCGUAAUAGAAGUUCAAACCCUUAUAACGUAUAUCGAUUUGAAGGAAGCGCUUGAAAAAAGGCAAAUGUAUUCCGAGCAAACCGCCGCCGAACAUCAGUCUCAUAAAGCGGUUUGGACUGUUCUCGGAAGCUUGUCUCAAAAUUACAUGCGACUGGAAGAACUUCUUACAAAACAGCUUCUAGCGCUGGAUGCUGUUGAUCCGCAAGGCGACGAGCGGUGCAAGGCUGCUAGAAAGCAAGCGGUGAAGCUUGCGCAAAAUAUUCUGUACUAUCUGGACAUGAAAACAGAUGAGUGGGAAUACUGAAACAGCCAUGGCCUGACGCUGAAGAACGUUUUUUUCCUUUGGCACUUUACGCAGAUCGUUGGCAGCACAUGCUAAACGUGGUGUGCUCUGUGCUUGCCUAAA